AUGAAGUCAAAGGCUGACAAGCGAGCCACAAGAGUCCAACCUUCUCAGAUUGCAUUGCUGCUGCAACUCCCACCCGAAAACGAAGCGGUGUCGCCAUCUUCCGACCUCAAAUCAGAGUCGGGGCACUUCGUUUCCAGAUCCCAUCCAAAUAUAUCCCCUCCAUCCUCACUCUCUGAGCCUGGAGGCAAGGUCAUCAGAGGUUCGCCACGAGCCAUGAGUCUUCAAGCGAACAGCCCUACCGGCUCGGAUUCUAAUAUACGGAAUGAGUCCCCUUGGGAUACUUACAAGAAAUACUACGAAUGUGAUUUAGCCGGAACAGUGAUUGUAUGCGUUCGAGCUUCCGAUGGGCGUGCUGCACGGGCGAUUCGGCGAUUCUCCAGCAGGGACAGUGACAAAAUUCUGAAGGUUCUCCGUUCGACAAACCAUAAGAAUGUCGCCUCCGUCUGGGAAUUUUUCCGCACCUCCGAUGCCCUGUACACUCUUGGCGAAUUUGACCCGCUGUCACUAGAUCAUAUUGUUGCCUGCAAAGCUUUCCCAGACCAGCAGCAACUCGCUGCUAUUAUGUCCCAGUUUCUGGAAGGACUGGCUCAUUUAGUAACCCAGGGAUUCCAUCAUACUGCUUUAUAUUGCUCCAGCGUCCUCAUGAAUCUUAAUGGAGAGGUCAAGAUCGCGCGGGUUGACUGCUGUAUCCCCCGGCAGACAAGCCGGGUCCAAGCGAGUGACCUAGCGCCUGUGUCGAGAAUCAUGAUGGAGUUGAUGCAAAAUUACGCCAAGGACGACGGGGUGGUCGGUAUUGAUGAUCUUGAACGCUGGUCAACUUGCCCAGCUGCCAUAGAAUUUCUUUCUGCGAUUACCUCGGCCAGCUCCUUUGAAGAGCUGAAAAAGGUUUGUGAGCCACCCAGUAACUUCGCUCCGAACUCGCUUAUUGUUUUUCAGCAACCCUUUUUGACAGAAAUUCGGUGGAGUCUCGGCGAUCUCAUCGGCCUGGCCUGGUUUGCUCUGAUAUCCGCUCGUACGUUCUACUCGUACACAUGGAAUCCAAACGGAGGUCCAGCAUAA